AUGGCGGUACCUCCUCCGGAAGGCCCUCCACACCCUACUGGGGCGGGCAAGGAGGCGGGCUCGUCCCCGCAGGGCGCGCAGCCGACGAUCGCAGCGGCCUCCGCCGAGGCGGCCAUGGCUUCACCGGCCGAGGCCACUCAGGGGGACCCCCUCACCCCUCCAGACAGUGGUGCCGUAGUGGGGCCCAUCAGGGGCCACUUCGCCAGCCCCCGGGGCGAGACCAGGGCCGUGUUGAAGGUGAAUGGGAACGCAUCGGCCUCCGAGGAGGAGAAGAAGAGGAAGUGGGCUGUGCCACACGAGCACGGGGCCCUGGCGGACGGUUACACCGCGCUCGGCCGGUUCGAGGCGAACCUCGGAGAUGCCGAUAGGCGCCUCGCCAAGGAGCGCGUAGGGCUCGCCUCAGCGUGGCUCCAGGCUGAUGCGACGACCAAAAAGGCUUGGAGCCAAGCCAAGGCUGCCACUGCAGAGCACAAGAAGGAAGCCGCCGAGGCUAGGGGGACCCGUGAUGAAGUGCUGGCUGAGGCGGCGACAAUCGUCAAGCAUUGCGGCCAGGCGGAGGCUGGCCUGAAGGCGCUCCAGGAGGAACAGGCUCGCGAGGCGAAGCUUGCGGACCGUGACUCCGUGCCGGCGAAGGUGGUCAUUGAGCAGGCCGCGGAGCACCUGACCAAGCUGCAGGAGGAAGUGACCGAAGCCCAAGAGUCCCACGCCAAGCACGUCUCUGAGGUAACUGCCCGGCUGGACGCCAGGGAGAAGAUCCUUGCCGACAUCGAAUGGAAAGCAGCGGCGGACCGCGAUGCCUUCUCUUCGCUCGAGUUCAGGGCUCGCCAGGCACUGCGGUCAAUUUGCAGGGGAGGAUUUGAGGAUCCGCUUGCGACCCCUGAGGGCGACUACGUGGAGCUCUCCUCCAAGCUCACAACGGAGCUCGAAGGCACCGCCGCUAAGGUGGACUCCAUCCUGGAGGAGGAGUGA